AUACCACCCAGGACCAUCUAGGUUUUGCUGUUGUGAUACAUCUCAACACCUCUCAGAAAGCAAGUCCUAACUCAUCUUUCUUCUUCUUCUUCCUCUUCUUCUUCUUCUUCUUGUGCAAUUGAGGAGCUUUCUUAACAUUUUUGUGAGUGUAGAAAUGGCAAGCUGCGUAGAUAUCGCAUCCACUGAACAGCUCUGCUACAUCCCUUGCAACUUUUGCAAUAUUGUGCUUGCGGUGAGUGUUCCAUGCAGUAGCAUGCUCGACAUAGUGACCAUCCGGUGCGGCCACUGCUCUAAUCUUUGGUCUGUCAACAUGGCUGCUGCUGCUUUACAGUCAUUCACCAAUUGGCAAGAUUUUCAGGCUCCUAGGCAGGAUUACAAGAUUGACAUGGGUUCAUCUUCAAAAGGCAAUAACAAGAUCACAAUGCGAGCACCAUCGGCGAAUGUCACCGAGCAAAGGGUUGUUAAUCGACCUCCCGAGAAGAGGCAGCGUGUACCUUCAGCCUAUAACCAGUUCAUAAAAGAGGAGAUUCAGAGGAUCAAGGCAAGUAAUCCGGACAUUAGUCACAGGGAAGCAUUCAGUACUGCUGCCAAAAACUGGGCACACUUUCCCCAUAUUCAUUUCGGGCUGAUGUUAGACAACAACAAUCAGGCCAAAAUGGAUAACCAUUCCGAUAAGCAUUUGAUGUCAAGGUCGGCACUGCUAAACAAGUGAACCUGUGCUUGAUUGCUCAAAGCUACCUCGUAUUUCAUUUGAAGAUGCGAAGACUCUCUAUGAAACCUUUGCUUAUUAUUAUUAUUAUGUAAGA